AUGUGCAAGCUGCAUCUGAUUGCGUUAGGUGCUGCAAUGGCAAAUUCAACCAUGUAUUUUCUCCAUUGUGCUACUUUUUCAUUCGGCAGUAAACUUGUUUCAGAUGGCGAUAUGAACUUUGAUGAUGUGUUUAAAAUAUUUAUUGUUAUUACUUUUGCAAUGAUUAUUAUCGGUCGUUCAAUGGCUAUGAUUCCUGGUUAUGCAAAAGCAAAACAAGCAGCAUCGAGAAUCAUGAAACUUAAUCAACGACAGUCAAAAAUCAAUCCUCACGACGAUUCUGGCAUCAUCUUAAAAGAAAUGGAAGGAAAUAUUGAAUUUCACGAUGCUCAUUUUCGAUAUCCAACACGACCUACUCUUCGUAUUCUUAGAAGCUUCUCAUUGAAAUGUUUAAGUAGUGGUACAACAGCACUUGUUGGACCAUCGGGUAGUGGAAAAUCGACGACUAUUGCGUUGCUACAAAGAUUCUAUGAUCCAUUGAACGGAAAAGUUCUACUCGAUGGUCAUGAUAUCAAAGCUCUUAAUAUUCAAUGGCUUCGAUCUAUAAUGGGACUUGUUCAGCAAGAACCAGUUCUGUUUAAUCUUUCUAUUCGAGAUAAUAUUGCUUAUGGUGACAAUAGUCGAGAAAUAACACAAAGUGACAUCGAAACAGCAGCUCGAAACGCUAAUAUUCAUGAGUUGAUUAUUUCAUUACCACAGGGCUAUGAAACGUCAUGUGGAGCAAAAGGUGGUCAAUUAUCUGGUGGACAAAAACAACGAAUUGCUAUUGGUCGAGCAUUAGUUCGUUCACCGAAAAUUCUUCUUCUUGAUGAAGCCACAUCAGCAUUAGAUAAUAAAAGUGAAAAGGUCGUUCAAGCAGCAUUGGAUAAAGCAAGAUCAGGUCGAACUUGCAUGAGUAUUGCUCAUCGUUUGUCAACGAUUCAAAAUUCAGAGAAGAUUGCUGUUGUCGAUCGAGGCAAAUUGAAAGAAGAAGGUACACAUGAUGAACUCUUACAACUGAAUGGAGUUUAUGCUAAAUUAAUAUCGGAUCAUACGAAUACAAAUGAUGAUGCUGAAUUAAAAAAAGCUUUAUUCGAUGAAAAUAAUUCGAACAAAAAUGCAGAAUCUAAUUUAACUAGUACUACUGAAGAUGAACUUUUGGAAUCAAAGAAGCAAAAUGCCAGUGAAAAAGCUCCCAGUCGAAAAUUAACUUUCUUUGAAAUUUACAAAUUUGCUGAUAAACUUGAUUUUCUACUUAUGUUUAUCGGCACAAUUGCGUGCAUGGGUACUGGAGCUGUGUUUCCAUUGAUGAUGUUAGUUUACAAAAGUGUUGCAACAUCAUUGGUUAAAAGUGGUAUUCCGUCCAAUAUACAAAAUAUUACAAUACCUCCAGGUUUCGAUCCAGCUUGUAUUGUUCAAGCACCAAAUUCAACUAGUGAUAUUUUGAGUGAUCUGCGCGGCAUGAUCAAGUGGUAUGCUAUAUUAGGUUUUGCUAGCAUAUUUUGUUAUUGGCUCGGUUAUUCACUUUGGAUGAUUGCGGCAGAACGUCAAGUUCGACGUAUGAGAUUUGCAUUAUUUCGUUCGAUUAUGCAUCAAGAAAUGGGUUGGUUUGAUCAAUUGAAUCCCGGUGAACUUAGCAAUCGUUUAGUGGCAGAUUUAGAUAAAAUUCGCGAUGGUUUAGGAGACAAAAAAGCUGAUUUUAUUAGUUUAAUGUGUCGAUUAUUCGGUGGUCUUGUAUUUGCUUUUAUUACAGGAUGGAAAUUAUCACUUGUAUUUAUAGCAACGAGUCCUUUGACUAUUUUUGCAUUCAAUAUAACUAUGAGAGUUAUUGCAAAAUAUACAGCCAAAGAAAUACAAUCAUAUUCAACAGCAAGUGCUGUAGCACAAGAAGUUCUUGGCUCAAUAAGAACUGUUACAGCAUUUGGAGGACAAAAAAAAGAAGAGCAAAGAUUUUCUGAGAAUUUAGUUGAAGCAAAACAAAUUGGUAUAAAAAAAGGUCUUUAUUUGGGUAUAUGCCAAGCAGCUGCUCAGAUAGCAAUCUAUCUAUCAUUUGCUAUUACAUUUUGGUAUGGACCCUAUCUUGUGCGUUACGAAUGUAGAAAUUAUGAUGCAGGAUCUGUGAUUGUUAUUUUUAUUUCAUGUUUACAAUCAACAUUUAGUAUCUCUCAAAUAGUACCUAAUAUUCAAGCAUUUGCUGAAGCAUCUGGUAGUGGUGGUUAUGUGUUUGAUAUUAUAUCAAGAAUAUCGAACAUUGAUUCGUUUAAAAACGAAGGUGAUAUUCCGCCCAGCAUUGUUGGUGAUAUCGAGCUUCAAAAUGUUAGAUUUACAUAUCCAGCUCGUAAAGAUACACCGAUUUUGCAAGGUGUUAGUAUGAAAAUUCCGUCGGGAAAGACAGUUGCUUUAGUUGGAGCAUCGGGAUGUGGAAAAAGUACCACCAUUCAAUUGAUUCAACGGUUUUACGAUCCCGAACAAGGACGGGUGCUACUGGAUGGAAAAGAUAUUAAAACAUUGAAUGUUGCUUGGCUUCGUCAACAUAUUGGCGUUGUUAGUCAAGAACCUGUUCUUUUUACUGGAACCAUUGAAGAAAAUAUUCGCUUCGGUAAACAAGAUGCAACUGACGAAGAAGUUAUAGCGGCUGCUAAAAUGGCUAAUGCACAUGAAUUCAUAAUGGCACUUCCGGAUAACUACAAAACAUCAUCAGGCGAUAAACUAAGUGGUGGUCAAAAACAACGAGUUGCUAUUGCUCGAGCAUUGGUUUCGAAUCCAACGAUUCUUCUUCUCGAUGAAGCAACAAGUGCACUUGAUAAUGAAAGUGAACGUGUCGUUCAAGAUGCAUUGGACAGAGCUAAAAUGGGUCGAACAACAAUUGUCAUAGCUCAUCGUUUGAGUACGAUACGAAAUGUUGAUUUAAUCAUUGCAUUGGAAAAAGGCGAAGUGAUGGAAGAUGGUACUCACAAUGAAUUGAUGGACCGUAAAGGUCUUUACUAUGAACUUGUAACAGCGCAACAACGUAAAGAAAAAGAUGAAGAUGACGAUAUGUUGGAUGAUGACAAACAAGUACAAUUAUCAGAGAAAAAUCAUGCACGUCAUUUACGUACGUUGUCACUUGUUUCUACUAAAUCAGCAGGAUCUGAUGUUCCUGAUAUGGAGGAAAACGAUACAGAAAAUGUUGAAAUAAAAAAUAAAAAGUGUUGUCAUCAACCAUUUAUAUUCAAAAUUCUUAAACUGAAUCUCCCAGAAAUAUAUUGGAUCAUAAUUGGAUGUAUAUCAUCAAUUACAUUCGGUGCAAUAACACCUUUAUUUUCAUUUUUCUUUUCGCAAAUUUAUGCUUUAUUUGCUGAACCAGAUGUUGCUAAAGCCAAUAUAGAAACGCGUAACUAUGCAUUAGUUAUUUUCUUUAUUGGCAUAUUUGGUGGGUUGUGUCAAUGUGUCAGUAGUAUCGCUUUUUCUAAAAGUGGUGAAGCCUUAACCAUGCGUAUGCGGAUAAUGUCAUUUUCAUCAAUGUUAAGACAAGAAAUUGGUUGGUUCGAUAAAGAACAAAAUAGUCUUGGUGCUUUAGUCACCCAACUCUCAUCAGAUACAUCAAAUUUGAAAGGUUUAUCUGGAGUUCGAAUGGGCGUUAUCUUUAAUGCCGUCGGAGCCAUUGUAUUUUCAUUAACAAUUGCAUUUCAGGCAGGAUGGAAACUGACUUUUAUUGUAUUGUUAUUUGUACCAUUGAUGGUUUUUUCGGGCAUUUUGCAAGGAAAACGAAUGACCAAUACGAAAAAAAGCAAUGACAAAAAUAAUAGUAAAUUGUCUUGGUCAGAAAAAGGAGGAACGUAUGCAACAGAAGCAAUUGAUAGUGUACGAACUGUUGUUGGACUUCAUCAAGAAGAAUUUUUUAUUGCUCGUUAUGAAGAUUGCUUUCAGAAAGAGUUUAACCGAACAAUGAUCAAAAUUCAAAUACAAUCACUGGGAACAGGCUUGGCAAAUUCAAUUAUGUUCUUUAUUCAUGCUGCAUCAUUUGGAUAUGGAAGUGUUCUAGUUGAAAACGGAGAAAUGGAAGCACCACUCGUAUUUCGAGUCUUUUCUGUAAUUACUUUUGGCGCUAUGAGUGUAGGACGAUCAACGGCAAUGAUACCAGAUUAUGCCAAAGGAAAAGAAAGUGCAAUUAGAAUAUUGAAUUUAAAUAAUCGUCAAUCGCAAAUUGAUCCUCAAAAUAUCGAUGGAAUUGUAUUAGAUAACUUGACGGGAAAUAUUGAAUUUGAACAAGUUAAAUUUGUAUAUCCAUCGCGACCGACAUUGCGUGUUUUGAAAGGUUUUGAUCUACCAGCAAAGGCAAGUCAAACAACAGCAAUUUGUGGGCCAAGUGGUUCAGGAAAAAGUACAUGUGUUGCAUUACUUCUUCGAUUUUAUGAUCCAUAUCAAGGUUCUAUUUUACUCGACGGUCAUGAUAUUCGAGAAUUAAGUUUACCAUGGUUACGAUCUCAACUUGGCUUUGUUCAACAAGAACCCGUUUUAUUUAAUUUAAGUAUUCAUGAUAAUAUAGCAUAUGGUGAUAAUACACGAAAAGUUACACAACAUGAAAUUGAAGAAGCAGCAAAAAAAGCUAAUAUUCACAAUACGAUUAUUUCAUUACCUGAGGGCUAUAAUACAAUGUGCGGUGCAAAAGGUAGUCAACUUAGUGGGGGUCAAAAACAACGUAUUGCUAUAGCACGUGCACUUGUACGUAAUCCAAAAAUUCUUCUACUCGAUGAAGCAACAUCAGCGUUGGACGUUCGUAGUGAAAAAGUUGUUCAAGAAGCGUUAGAUGUUGCACGAAACGGUCGAACAUGUUUGACUAUUGCACAUCGUUUAGCAACAAUAAGAAAUUCAGACAAAAUUGUUGUGGUUGAUCGGGGAAGAAUCAAAGAAAGUGGCACACACGAUGAACUUAUGGAUCAAAGAGGGAUCUUCUAUAAACUAAACAUGGCGCAGGAACGGGAUGACGAAUAG